AUGUCAACUCAAACAUCAAAAGCCGCAAUUAUCAAAAAGUACUUAAAAGCCAAGAAGACAAAGACAGCCAAGGGAGCUGUAGCAUACACCACCACAGGAGAUGCACGUGUAGACUUGUUCUAUCACACUGCUCGUGGUAUUAAUAGAGAGCAAUUACGUGAGAUGUUGACAGCCUCGUGGGCCAAGUCACCCCUCGACACACUCAAGAUCAUCUUUUACAACCGUGAUUGUCGUGGUGGCAAGGGAGAGAGAGAGAUCUUCCACCACUCGAUCGUCUGGUUGCACGAACAAUCACCAGAGUCUGUUGCCAAGAACUUUAAGCUCAUUCCACACUUUGGCUCGUGGAAGGACGUCACCAGCUUGAUUGGCACAGGUCUCGAGCCAAAGGCCCUCGAGGUCAUGGCCGCCCAACUCCAAGAGGACGCCAAGAACAUGGCCGACGGAAAGACCGUCUCGUUGUGCGCCAAGUGGGCCCCAUCCGAGCACAAGGCCAACGACACUGCCAGCAAGGCCGCCAAGAAGUUGGCUGUCCUCUUGGCCGUGAACCGCACCAACGCCAAGAAGGAGUACCGUAAGCAAUACCUCAGCCCAUUGCGCAAGCACCUCGCCAUUGUCGAGCGCAACAUGUCCCAGAACGAGUGGGACAAGAUCGAGUACUCCAAGGUACCCUCGCGCGCCAUGAAGUUGUCUCGCAAGGCCUUUGAACGUCACGACGAAGCCGGAUUCAAAAAGUACCAAGAGAGCCUCGUAAAGGGCGAGACCAAGGUCAACGCCAAGCAACUCUUCCCACACGAGAUUGUGCAAGAGUUUAUCUCGCGUCAAGAGGACGACGUCAUCCUCGAAGAGCAAUGGAAGGUGUUGGAGGCCGAGACGGCCAAGUUGGGCAGCCUCGCAGACUGCAUCGUACUCUCUGACGUGUCGGGCUCCAUGUCGGGUACACCCAUGCAAGUGUCUGUCGCCCUCGGUCUGCUCAUCUCGCGUCUCACCGCCGCCCCAUUCAAAGACAUUGUCAUCACCUUCCACGAGACCCCAUCCUUCCACCACGUCCAAGGUAACUCGCUCAAGGAGCGUGUCGCUGACCUCCUCGCCUCUCCAUGGGGUGGAUCGACCAACUUUAACGCCGUAUUCAAAAUGAUCCUCGAGACUGCCCAAAAGAACAACCUUCCAGCCGAGGCCAUGCCAAAGAAGCUCUUUGUCAUUUCGGAUAUGCAGUUUGACGCCGCCGACAACAAGUUCAAGUCAAACCACCAAAACAUGAUCGAUCAAUACAAAAAGGCUGGUUACCCCGUCCCACAAAUGAUCUACUGGAACGUCAAUGGCGCCUACACCACCACCCCCGUCGGCAGUGCCUCCACCCCAGGUGUCGGUCUCGUCUCUGGUUUCUCCCCUUCCAUCUUAAAGGCUAUCAUCCAAAAUGGUAACACUGACAGUCUCAGUCCACUCGCUCUCUUACAACCUGUCCUUGAUGAUGCAAGAUAUGCUGAUCUCCUUGUUUAA